CCGCAGUACGGCGGCGCCUCAGUUUGCUCGCGCCACCCGCGCAGCUCACUCGUGUUUAAAAAACCUUGCGUCGCUUUUUAUACAGUAACAUCUUUCCGAAGUUUAAUUUGGAACGUUUUCGACCGGUAAAGUCGGUUUAACUGUCGCUUUUAAGCGAACUCUCGUCGGCCGUUCAAAUUUCGCAUUGCGAUUCGAAGGUGAUAUUGCUUCACGCUGUUACGCCUGUGCCUUAACAGAUAACUGUGAAGAAACGUGUGUAAGCUUCCAAGUGUUGUUAUAGCGGAAUUAGUGCUACAUCAGUGCAUUGUGGAAGUUUGUAUUUAGUGGAAAGUGCCUUUGUCAUCGUGUCGUAUGUUACGAGACUCUCGUACCGUUUUCUCUAAAGCGAAUGCGAGGAAUUGUCUUGUUAUUGAGUUUAUGCGACCAUAGCAGUAGCUUAGUGUUCCUUAUGUCUACUUAAUGCACGAACUGGCCGAGAGACCGCUAUCGGCAUAGAAAAGGCAAAGGGGCGCCCGGAACCCAAAAUGUGACCACCGACAAAUGAACCAAAACAAACAAACGCACUCUUCAUAUUCAUGAGUCUGAGAAGAUUACAUGAUCAAGACAAAUUCACUUAUUUAUUAUACAUUAUUAUUUAAAGAAAAAAACGAAUCUAGUCGCUGUAGUUCUUUUAAACACGAAGCAAUUUAGACUUAAACAUUAUACACAUGGAGUUGAUAUUGAAACAACUGCUGAAGUACAAAGAGUAAAGAGGAAUUGAUAGAGAGUACAAAACGAACUCGGGAAUGCUAUGGUUGAUUUAGCAGUAAAUUGAUUAAUUUAGUUGUUCCCGAAGUAAAACGAAAAAUAAACAAGAUGUCUGCGAGUUUCGAGCAUUCUGCAAUGAAGAGCAGUUUCUCGCUGUCAUCACUGCGGAGCGCACCCGCGCCCCCUGGCGGUCGCUGCGACCAACUGGAGCGACCAUACCAUAGCCUCACUAAGAAGAGGAAGGAACCAUGUCGCGAAGCGUGGCGGCGCAGCUGGGGCUCAGCGGCGAGCGGCGGCAGCGCGGGCGACGACCUCUGGCCGCUGCUGCAGCACCACUACGACUACAUCAUGGACAACCAGAUCAUUGACAGCUGCAGGGAGGCGAACGGCGAGCUUCUAUCGCACAACUGGACGUCGCAGGGUCCCCGGCUGCUGCACCCGACGUCGGCGUCCGGCGGCAACCGGCAGUGGUCCCUGAACCAGCUGGUCGCAGAGUUCACUGAGCUCUGUCAGUGGCUGACGCACGUGCAGGAGGAGAUUUACUCUAGUCCAGAGAACCUUUCCAGCAGGAAACUGAGAAAGAGUCGCAUGGCCGAGCUGGUAUCGGUGGAGCACCGUCGUGUGAAGUUCGUGGAGCAGGCGUCAGCUAUACUGGAUCGGAUACCGGAGGCCGCGGCUGAGGUAACCUGGCGAAUGGAACAUCUAAACGUGAAGUGGGAGAGUCUGCGGCUGCUGCUGAGUCCUGAGCAACAGCAGAGAGAAGGAGACUGCUCCGAUACUGUCGACCCCGCGCACGAGCUGCGCUGCCUGCGGCGCUGGCUGCACGUGAUGGAGGGCCGCCUGCCGCCGCCCUCGCUGGCCGCGCGCGCGCAGCCCUACCACGACCUGCUCCGCAAGCUGAGGGAACAUCAGGUAUUGCAACGCGACGUGGAAUGCCACGGGCGCAUCGUGAGCUCAGUGGUCCGGCUGUGUGGCGGCGGAGACGCGGCGCGCGCACUCGAGCGGCGCUGGCAUCUGCUGUACUUGCGUGCCAUCGAGUGGCAGUGUCAUCUGGAGGCCUGCCUCGCUAAGAGUGACAACCAGGGUUGCCUCUCGAUCGAGGCAGCGAGUGACAGUGACGAGGAACCAGCGCUGAAGCAACCGCGGCUGUGUCGGGGAUCGCCGCGCAGGCGCACCCCCCAGCCCAGGCCCAGGAACCCCUCGCUAGACAGCAGACAGUCCGCCUCUGAGGAGGAGGGCGACGAUGUGUUGAGGUGCGAGUGGAGAAGCUUGGUACCGGAGCGCGUAAGCGCGCGGCAGCGGCGCGACAUGGACCGCAGCGAUGAGCACCGCGUACCCGACCUCACGCACCUCUCGGACCUCGCAGACCUCACAGACCUCACACACAAUGACGUCACAGACGGACACACGCCACCGCACAGCAGACUCAAUGGCCUCAGUACGCAAGAGACAGAAUCGAUGAAUUUCCACGAAGAACCCAAAACACCGCCCACGGUAGUCAAGAGGAAAAAACCAGUGGAUACGUCAAAAUUCAAUCAAACCGAUCGGAAAUCCAAAAACUGUGCCACAUUCUACUUCAGACAUCACGACACGGAUUCUGACGGACGACAAAUGGUCGAGACGGACGAGAAAUCGCAAGAAUCAUCUGAAGAAGAAUGGACCUACGUUGGAAAUCCUAAAAUAGCUAAUGAAGAUUCCACCGAUCUGAUGACAUCGUCCGUUGAGAUACAAUGCGAGUUGACACUUGAUGAAAAGAAGGACAAACCAUCACCAAAACCGAAGUUAGAAUCGUCAACACCGGAUUUACUGAAAGUGGAAGCGAGGUGUAAAGAUAUAGAGAGGCUGGUGAUCCAAGCGGAAGAAUUGGUACAGAAGCAAGCGCAACAUCAAAUGGCAAAGAAGAAGAACUCGAGGAAUUUUAAAUCGUCGUUGAUAGAUGAAGAAGGGAAGGCGGUGAGCAGGGGAAAGAUGUCGCGGAUAAAGGAGUGGCUCAACCAGAGUACGGAGGAAGAACGUGCCAAGAAUGAAAACAAUCAGUGUACGGAGAGCUACGACGCUUCGGGUGAAUACACCACAGAAAGUGAAGUGGAUACUUCUUUGACAUCUGAAGAGCGCAACUUGCAUUCGUCAAUGGACAUGAGCACCUCCACUUGUACUGUCACCCCGACACACCAAGCCAAGGUGCAGCUGCGCAAGAAGCGGUGCGGUCCGCGGCCGUGGUCCGUGUCCUGCCUGUCGCAGCUGGCCGCGCGCGCCGACAUACACAACAUGUCCAUCUCCGAGUCCGCGCUCAACACGCUCGCCUCGCCGCAGAGAGUCACCCCCGCGGAGUCUAGCGCACUACGUGGUAGUUCCACUACAGUGCAGGGGCACGUGUCGAGUACGAACACGAUGACGGAGGCGUGCACGUCGUGCGUGGAGGCGGGCGAGCGGCAGUGCUGGGCGCGGCGCAAGCGGCUGAAGCUGCGCAAACACGCCGACAGCCGGCCCGCGCCCGCGCACGCCCGCGACCGCCUCGUCAAGUCGCGCUCCUUCUGCGGCCGCCUCAGCCCAGAGAUGGAGGACGGCAACGAGAGGAGCGCCGCCAGCGACCCCGCCACCAGCAGGAAGAAUAGAUUCGAUACAACAUCGACGUCCGGCAAUGAAACUGAUGAGGAACUAAUAAAGCAGCAGUUGACGACGAUCGCUAAUCUACGCAGAAGUAUCGAGAAGACGCACAUCACAACUAAAGAAGACAGUGCCAUUCCAGAACAGAACGAGCCAGAAGUGGUCAUCCCGAGUUUCAAACUUGGUCCAGAAGGAGGCCCAGUCAGACCGAGGAUGGCCAGGAGUUCAGAGAGAGAAAGAUCCUUCUUGGCGUUGAGUUUAGGAGACCCGAGUCAACUGUGGGAUCUGAGUAUAGAUAGGGAUUCUGAUAUUGACAAAAGUGUGACAGCCGGCACUGAGGAGCACAGCUCGUUCUCGGAGCAGGCCUGGGAUUUCUACCAGGAAAAAUACAACUCAGAGCCAUACUCGGAGGCGCCGGACUCUGACGGGGCGCGGCGGCUGCUGGAGUUCGGCGACGACUACCUUGCUUUUAUCGUAACUAGGCGGUCUAAAUGGUCUUGUGACAAACAGGAAUUUCGUUCUCUUUUCGAAUUAAGUUUUCUUUGGAUACAGACGGAGAUCAUAGCGCGUUGCCGCGAGAACAUCAAUAUGUUGGACGCGGCGCUCGCCGACGGCUCCGUUUUGUCUUCGGCAUUGCAAAGAGAUAUACGAGCGGUGUCCGCAAGAUGGUCUGCACUACGAGCGGCCGCUUUACGUCGCGGCGGUGCGAGACGGCUGCGGCGUGAGAUCGCAGCACUGCGGGAGACCCUCGACGAUGUCUGCGAGCCAGGGGACUGCGCCCCACAGCCGCACACCAGAGCACAACUUAACAGAAGAAUCGACGAGCUCAAGGAGCGUUUGUCGCGUCUGUUGGAAUGCAAGGUGUCAAUGCUGAAGCUGACAGUGUCGGUCCGCCGCACGCUGGGCGAGGGCGCUGACGACUCCCUGACUGAGGACCUCACCGCGUUACUCGCCGCGUGGGACGACGCUCACCAAAGGACAUCAAACGAGUUACUCUCGCUAGAGAAGGCGGUGUCCGCGUGGGCGGAGUGGGAGAGCGCGCUGCGGGAGUUGCAGGGGGCGCUGCGCGGCGACAUGGCCACGCUGCAGUCGCUGCGCGGCCGCAGCGGACAGACCGACCUCGACAAGAUACGACAGCUCGCUGCCUCGCUGGUCGACAAGAAGAAGGGCGGGUCGACGUGCGACUCGCUGUCGGACUCCGGUAUCUCGGACGGGGACAGCGAGGCGGCGGGCGGGCGCGCGCGGCGGCUGUGCGCGCUGCGGGAGUUGGCGCGCCGCCUGCAGGCCGCGCUCGCGCCCGCCUCGCCCGCGCACCGCGCCAUCGCUAAGCGUAUGGAACAAACUGAGAACGAAGUAAAAACUCUACAAGAAUCGUGCCGGGCGCUCGUCGAACAGAGCAUUCCCGAUCUUAAAAUUGAUGAUGACAUCGACAUGAGUAGGGUGGCGGGCAGUAAGACGGGCGCGGGGGAGCCGGAGUACCGGCCGCGCGGCUGGGUGUGGCGCGUGCUGCGCUCCUCGCUGCCCAUACAGCUGUGCCUCGUGGCGCUGCUGCUGGCCGCCUGGCUGGUGGAGCGGCCGCGCUGCUGCGACGCGCUCAACUCGCUCGCGCACACGCUCACGCCGCAGCUGCGCUACGUGCGCGGCCCGCCGCCAGUCUGAACGCAUAUACUCUAUGCUCUUGUCUAUGGUUGUACUUUGACAUUUGUGGCGGGAAUUGUUUUCAUAUUGCAAUAACAUCGACAAUAAUU